AUGACCGGCAUCAUUGACCUCGCUCUGUAUGACCUCUGGCGGUGCCAGAGCAGGCAUGGGAAACGGCUCUGGGCCCCACUGAAGACCCCGGAGAUGGGCCAGGUUCUCGAAGGGAGACCGAUCGGUGCCAGGGACCCGGGGAUCCAGGUUCUUCCGAACGAAGUGCUUCGCAUGAUAUUCGAGCUUGUAGAUCGUCCGGUGGACAAACUGCGGCUGGCUAUGACUUGCAGGCAGUUUUUCAGGGUCGCAUCCGACUUCAACCUAUCGAUCCCCAGCGCCGCAAAGCAUCGCGAGCGCGGCGCGGAUUGCCCGGGUAUGCUCCGGAUUCUGCACAAUCUGCGGCCGUUAGACGCUCGGAAGAGGGCAAACAGGGCAUGGGCGCUCUGCUGCGACUGCUACUCCUAUCGCCCCAAGAAGAAGGCCUAUUGGCUUGCCAAGGGGAAGCAGUACAAAGUCAAUGCCAAGUCGGGCUGCAGCGCUCGAGAAGGGUAUGGCGAGAUAAUGAAGGAAUGGUGUAUGAGGAGUUCGUACUCGUACCAAUGCCCGGAAUGCUGGUGCAAGGAGUACCUAGAUGAGAAUGGACAUCCAAAGGACUGUGAGAAGUGUACUUGA